UUAUCCUCCUCUUCCGCUAUUAUUAUUACAUCUACAAAACGUAUACAUCGUCUCCCCUAGCCACUUAAUCUCUACCAACUCCCUCUCCACCUCCACCUCGAACUCCAAUUCCAAUUCCAACCCUUCAGCCCUAAAAUGAAAGCCGAAAACAUAACGCACCAAGAAUUCGAAACCAUCGUCGCAAUAGAACGAACAUGUUCCGGAAUAUCUCUCCUGGGAUGUUUCUUCAUAAUCAUCACUUUCCUCAGCACGACCGCGUUCCGCAAACCGAUCAAUCGAUUAGUAUUUUACGCAUCGCUCGGUAACCUAUUCACGAAUCUAGCUACGGUGAUCUCAAGAUCUGCUCUCGCGAAACCAGAUGGAAAGUUUUGCCAAUUUCAAGCUUUUCUCAUUCAGAUGUAAGUUUUUCUUUUUCUUUUGAUAAAAACAAGCAAAAAUAUACAGCGGGUCUGAAAAAUAAAUAAAAAAGGUUUCUCCCAGCCGAUGCUUAUUGGACUUUGGCUAUGGCUUGUAACGUGAUGUUUGCAUUUUUCUUCCAAUUCGAUGUCGUCGAGCUUCGACGGUUGGAAAAAUGGUACAUACUCCUAUGUUACGGAAUUCCAUUCAUUCCCGCCUUCGUCUUUUUUUUCGUGCAUACACGUGAAAAGGGUUAUAUGUAUGGAAGUGCCAUUUCAUGGUGUUGGAUUGAUUCUAAAUGGACUUGGUGGAGACUGUGGAGUUUUUAUGUACCGGUUUGGUAAUUAUGUCCGCCUUUCUUACUGCAUUGGAUGUGACUGAUGGAUGUUUCAAAGGAUUACAAUUCUCAUCACCAUUAUGAUCUACACCGUAGCAGGCAAAAAAAUCUACGAUAAAAGACAAGAGCUCGUAAAAGCAAACCAACAAAUUCCACCUGCCUCCUUACCAAAAGUCCGCCAGGGAGGAUCCUCUCAAACAGAACUCCUUCCCACAACCAACGAAACCCACAAAGAACCAACAUCCCCCACGACAACCAGACCCGGACUCCCUCCGACCCAACAAUCAAAACCCAGAAUUGCCCCCAACAAACAAGCAAACGCAGCCCUCUGGGCCUACGCAAAAGUUUCCCUCCUUUUCUUCCUCGCCAUGAUGAUAACAUGGAUCCCAUCAACCGCCAAUCGAAUCUAUUCGAUUUGUUAUCCAGGAAUGGUUAAUAUGUCACUUCAGUAUAUAUCUGUGUUUGUGUUACCGCUGCAGGGGUUUUGGAAUGCGAUGAUUUAUGUGCUUACGAGUAGGGAUGCUUGUAGGGUUUUUUGGGGUAGGAUGAGGGAACCUGUGAUUUUGUUUAAGGGGGGGCGUUGAGUGAGUGUGAGGGGUGGAACGUUUGGAGAUAGGAUAUGUCUGAACAGGGGGAAUUCACUUGGCAAUUCCACAUAAUA